CAAAAGGUCCUCGGUGGUCUCGACUAAUUGCGGUCAUGUGAUCGUGACGUUUACAAGGUCCUACCACUGAGCAAGUCGCUGCCACAGGAAAUUGCUUCAUUUCCUUGUUAGUAACUUCCUGGCGACGGCUGAAUAGGAGAAAGCGGAGAGGAGACAUUGAUGAGACGGUCUGUUUAAGACUAAUACAGUAUUCAUCUGACAACCUAAGAAAAGAUGGCAAAGGACAAGAGUCGCAUGUCCGAGAAGAUAUUAAAACUCACACUGGAGAUCAUCUACCUGCUGACUGGGGAGAAUUUCACAGCCAUCAAGACAGAAACUGGAAGAUUGAGCAUUUCCCAGGACCCAGUCUCGGAACCUCCAUCCUAUUCAUUAAAACAUGAUAAAAAAAAUAAGAAGAUCCUGCAGCUCACCAACAAGAUCAUUGAGCUGCUGACUGUAGAGGAACAAGAGUAUUUAGAUGGACACAUGGAUCUGUACAAAGAUGUUGUGGAGAAGCACCAGACCAUCAAAUCACCAGGUGGAUCCAGCAAGAGAAAGCCACCAAAGCGUCGUCCAAGACCUCAUUAUUCCCAUAGCUAUGCGGAAGACAAGCACAGUUUCCCACAGGAUCAUAAGAAUGAGUCCCUUAGUGAUUUCCAGAUUGUUAUAGUAGAAGACAAUAUUAAGAAGGAGAGUGAAGAACUCCGUGUUAUAAUAAAGGAGGAAGAAAUUCCAACAGAUAUCAGCACAGAUGGACAUGAAAGCAGACAUUCUAUGGAGGCACAUGUCAUUUCAUCUCCAGAUUGCGAAAGAGAUGAUGAUGACUUCACGGUUGAACGCCCAAGAAGAAAGCCCAAGUCUGUAAAUACACGCCCAGUAUUCCAGGGUACAUCAUCUGAUCCUUCAAGUCACGAGGAAGGCUUUCUUGACAUGUCAGAAUUUAUUAAGGCAUGUUCGGGAAAUAAUGUCUUUCCAUACUCAGAAUAUAUUAAGCAUUUUAACCAAAAUCCUGGUGUCUUAGAUCUUCAGGGAAAUCGUGUUGCCAGGAAGCCAUUUAAUUGCACAGCGUGUGAUAAAUGUUUUACACAUAACUCCUACCUUAUCAAGCACAUGCGAACUCACACAGGGGAGAAGCCAUUUGCAUGUGGAGAGUGUGGAAAAUGUUUUACUGACAACUCUGGCCUCACUAAACACCAGAGAAUCCACACAGGUGAGAGACCAUACCAGUGUGCGGAAUGUGGGAAGAGUUUUACAUAUAAAGCCGACCUUAUCAAACAUGAAAGAAUCCAUACAGGUGAGAAGCCCUUCCCGUGUCCUGAAUGCGGCAAAUGUUUUACAGACAAGUCUGGCCUUGCCAAACAUCAGAGAAUCCACACGGGUGAGAGGCCCUUCCAGUGUGCAGAGUGCGGGAAAUGUUUUGCUCGUAAGUCACAUCUCGGAAAGCACCAGAUAAUUCACACAGGUGAGAAGCCAUUCCAGUGCCCCGAAUGUGGAAGAUGCUUUGCUCGGAAGUCUCACCUGGUCAACCAUCAGAUCAUACACACAGGUGAAAAACCACAUUUAUGCACUGAGUGUGGGAAAUGUUUUGCCCAGAGACCAGGCCUCAUUAUUCACCGAAGAACACAUAGGAAGGUAACACAGUUUUCAUGAGCUGUGCAAAUGAUGGAAAACGCAACUGUGGAUGUACAAGGAAUAUAAGAAGAUCAAAUUUCAGUACGUUUGUAGGAUAUUCAAGCAGAGACCUGCACUGGUAUUACCAGGCGAAGAUGACAUAAAGCAAUAGUCUGGUGUUAUGAAUGAAUAUACUACCAUCCAGAUAUGGAGCAGAAAUGCCAGAACAGGUCGCUCAUGUAUAUCAUAGAUCUGAAUUCUAAUAUAGAGAACGUUGUUCUGUAGGCUCCCAACUAAUAUGUAACCCUAUUGCAUUUAAUAGAUCCUUGAGACUGACCUCAUGAGUAUUCAUGUACAAUAAGAUACUGAAAGUUGUGGACUUUCACACGUUUUAAUAUAGGUUUUAUUUAAUGAAAAUUAAAGGGUGUGGAUAUAUCUGUCAUCCACUGAAGCCGCGGCAGCUGUUAUUCUCGUUAUAAAACAUUCAGAGCAGAAUGGUGACUAAACUGAAUGGACUAUCUCAUGAGAGGACACAAUCAUCAGGUGAUAUGAAACAUUAGCAAUAAGGUUUCAAUGGAGACCUAGGCUGAAUUUCACCAUCAGUUCUGAAGAUCCUCAGGAUUUCUUAUCCUUCUUAUGGUAAAAGAACAGUUCAAAUGGACAUCUAAAGAAAGACUUUGCAUUUCAUCUAAAAGUAAAUUAUGAUGACCAAGUCUAUGGGCCAGGGCUGAGAAUCUAGCAUAUAAAGUUGUGCCCGCCUUUACGUUCUUCUUUAUCUCUUACUUCUGGUCACCCCUUUUUUUUGAGCUGAUGAGAAACCUCUGUCCUUUACCUGCUCUGUACUUUUGUGUUCAAUUGGGCAGCCCUAAGGAAAUAACAUGUAUUGGUGUUUAGGUUCCUUUUUCUCUGAUAACCUUUAGUAACAACGUUGUUUUGAUUGAAGUUGAUUCUUCCAUAAAGGGAGUCUGUCAGCAGUUUUGUCAAUGCAAAACUGCUCACAGACAUGGGUCGGGACAUUACUGUCUUCCUCCUUGUAAUCACCUUCGUGCUGACAAAAAGUACUAUGAAUCCAGCUGGGAACACCGAAGUGCACCGAAAGCAGGCUGCAGAGCUUCAGGCUCUGUGUAUAAGCCGCUCCACAGUUUCCCCCUUCUGGUGUGAGUGACCGCUGUAUCCCCAGUUUUCCCCUAUUGCUGUAUCAGUCACUGCAAGAAAAAGGGGGUCAGUCAGCACAUCCCAAUGCGCAGGUGCACGCUGCCAUGGCUAGAAACACAAAGAAAAAAAACACAGUGCAACAGCACUCUGCAAACACAAAUUACGUACAAUAAUGCCAUAAUUAUAGAACAUAUUCUGGUGCUUAUUUUAUACAUUUGAGAUUCUUGGCAAAUACAGUUUGUACAAAAUUAUUUGGGUCCAUGCAUCGGCUGCCACAGCCA